UUUUUUUGUGGAGAAGAGUAGACUACGCUAGUCUUCUCUCUCUCUCUCUAAACCAAAACGAACCUAACAAAAAAAGAAAAGCGCUCUCUCUCUCUCUCUCUAUCUCUAAAAACAACUCUUUCACGCCAAAAUUGAACUGUUGUUUUUUUCUCUCUCUAAAAACUAGAGGUGUUUAUUUAAUUUUUAUUGUUUUGGUUUGCGGAUUCUGGAGAGGGAGGGUUUGAUACAGUGACAGCUUUUAUUACUUUCUUUUUUCGUUUGGUAUUGGGAAUGGGGAUUCCGGCGGGGAGUGGCAGUAGAGUGACAGUUUGGUGAUGGAGGAGGAUCGUAACAGCUAUUAUUUUUAUCAAUGGAUUUUGAUGCCGGAAUUCCGAUGUCCCGUACUGCUCCACCACCGCCGCCGCCGCCUCUGCCUGUGACUGAGGAUCCCUCUUUGUCAGCCUCCUUGAAUGAAGAUGCGAUGUGGCAAAUGAACUUGAGGUCAAGUGAAACCAUGGAUUCUGGGCCCUAUCCUGAGCACCCUGGAGAACCAGAUUGUUCUUAUUACAUUAGAACAGGGCUUUGUAGAUUCGGAGCUACAUGCCGCUUUAAUCACCCUCCUAACAGAAAGCUGGCUAUAGCUGCUGCAAGGAUGAAAGGGGAAUUUCCAGAAAGAAUAGGACAACCUGAAUGCCAGUACUACCUGAAGACAGGAACUUGCAAGUUUGGAGCCACAUGCAAGUUUCAUCAUCCUAAAGACAAGGCUGGGAUUGCUGGAAGGGUAUCCUUAAAUAUUCUGGGCUAUCCACUUCGACCGAAUGAGAUUGAGUGCGCUUACUAUUUAAGAACUGGACAGUGCAAGUUUGGGAGCACUUGUAAAUUCCACCAUCCUCAACCAACUAAUGUUAUGGUUCCAUUGCGGGGUUCCCCUGUUUAUCCUACUGUCCAGUCUCCAACUACUCCUGGUCAGCAAUCUUACACAGGAGGAGUUACAAACUGGUCAAGAGCGUCUUUUAUUACCAGCCCACGCUGGCAAGCUCCUUCAAGUUAUACACCCCUGAUUUUACCUCAAGGAGUUGUGUCUGUUCCAGGCUGGAAUGCAUACAGUGGUCAAUUGGGAUCAGUUUCGUCUCCAGAGGGCCAGCAACAAACAGGAAACAGUCAGAUUUAUGGAACCUCACGCCAAAGUGAAUCAGUGAACACAGGAUCUCAAGGGACACUUUCUCCACUCCGUGCUGGCUCUAUGCCAGUAGGAUUUUAUGCAUUGCAAAGGGAUAAUGUUUUUCCAGAGAGACCUGGCCAGCCAGAAUGCCAGUUUUACAUGAAAACUGGGGAUUGUAAGUUUGGUGCAGUUUGUCGGUUCCAUCACCCAAGGGAAAGACUAAUUCCUGCUCCAGACUGUGUCUUGAGUCCCAUAGGCCUCCCUUUACGCCCUGGAGAACCUUUAUGCAUCUUCUACUCUCGCUAUGGAGUCUGCAAGUUUGGUCCAAGUUGCAAGUUUGACCACCCUAUGGGAAUUUUCACAUACAAUUUAUCAGCACCAUCUUCAGCUGAUGCUCCAGUACGUCGUCUGCUGGGGUCAUCAUCAGGAUCUGCUGCAUUAACCUUAUCAACAGAAGGGCUUGUUGAUGCAGGCUCAACGAAGCCCAGGCGACUUUCACUGUCAGAGCCUAGACAGAUGCCUUCUGGCGAUGAUAAUAUUGAUACAGAAGGAUAACUGCUGCCUCAAUAUUUACUGUUUUAAAAUCUUUCAAUGGAUAAACAAAUGUCGUCUGUAGAUUCAUUUCCCAUUGCUGGAGAUGUACAGAGUUCAUGCCAAGUUGAUAAUGCAAUUCAGUUGACAGACUUGUCUCCUCUGAAUUUCAUUUUGCUGCAUUGUAUAAUCUGCAAAUAUUGUCACAUUUGGUAAAACCUGUGUGAACAUUUCAUCUGUCUCAAGCCAAUUUUUUUAACAUUGUGUUUAAAUUUUUCUUAAAAAUUGUUAUAUAAAGCUUCUCCUUUGCAAGUUAUGAUA